CUGAGUUUUCGGCUUCUUUUCUGUGGGCUCAGGCUGUGGAAUGCUCUGCCUCCUCCUCUGCCGGGCCGUUUCCACUUCAGGAUGGGAACUGCGGUGUCCAAAAGGAAGAAUCUGAGGAGCGAUGCCAUAUCGUCCGUGGCGGCAAAAGUUCGAGCAGCCAGAGCUUUUGGAGACUACCUGAACAACACCAGCUCAGAGAACCACAACGGAGCAGAUCAUCUCCUGUCUGAUACCUUUCCUGGCCAGGACUGCGACUCUUCAGAUGUCAACUGCUUGCACAACAACAGUCAGCCAGCACAGAGCCACUGUUUGCCCGUACCCAAGCCUAAUCAGUCCAGUCCCAGUGCCCAUCCACGGUCCCUGCCUCGGGCAGACUCGUUUCAGGCACCGGCAUCUUUGGGGUUGUCCAAGCGCCGCCUGUCUGCUGAACGCAGCCUCUCCUCAGAGGAACAGCCUGGUGCCAGAGGUCCUGAGGUCGGAGGGGUGGUGAAGCCAGCCCGAGUGUACACGAUCAGCAGAGAGGGAGGGAUGACUCUGGGAGGCCGUGGCAGUGGAGAGAGCCUGGAGCUAGACGUGCUGAAGGGCACCAGGGAGCAGCUGCUGUAUCAGACCACAGUGGCUACCAACUCAUCCUGCAGCACCCAUCCGUCCAUUGCUGCCACGUAUAGUAGCCAUCAGCAUAGUAGCCAUCAUCGCAGCAACCAUCACCAUAGCCAUCAGCGUCACGGAGGCCCUCCUCCAUCAUUGCAGCCGCUGCAAAACUCAGGGAGUGCCAGCAACAUCCGGGACUGGGGUUUGAGAAGAGGGGGAUCACGAGAAGACUACAGCUCAGACUGCGUGGCCUGCAGUCGUGUUCCAUGUCAGAGCCAACGCUCACUGGACUUUGAUAUCUCACCACGAGAUGGAGGGAAGCACCGCAAGAAAUUGGAGAGCAUGUACAGUGAGGACAGGUCGUCUGCUGAUGACAGAGAGGACAGUCCUAACAGCUGGUUUCCUAAAGAGAACAUGUUCAGCUUUCAGACGGCGACCACCACCAUGCAGGCAAUUUCAAAUUUCCGGAAACAUCUUCGGAUGGUGGGAAGUCGCAGGAUGAAGGCUCAGACAACAUUUUCUGACCGUCGAGCCAAGAGUUUCAGCCGCUCGUGGAGUGACCCCACCCCUGUCAAGCCUGACUCACUGCACAACUCCAGAGACAGUGGCGAGCUUCAGCCCUCCUCAGGGACAUUGGAUGAAGGGCUGGAUGAGGACACUGAGUGGGAGAAGGACAGAGAGACAGAGAGACUGGCCUGUGCUGAAGACGACUUUAUACCUCCCAAAAUUAUGCUGAUAUCUUCCAAGGUCCCAAAAGCCGAAUAUAUACCCAACAUCAUCCGCAGAGACGACCCCUCCAUCAUCCCCAUUCUUUAUGACCAUGAACAUGCCACGUUUGAUGACAUCCUUGAUGAGAUGGAGAAGAAGCUGACUGCCUACAGAAAAGGCUGUAAAAUAUGGAAUAUGCUCAUUUUCUGCCAGGGGGGACCAGGACAUCUGUACCUAUUGAAGAAUAAAGUUGCCACAUUUGCUAAGGUGGAGAAGGAGGAAGACAUGAUCCAGUUCUGGCGGCGGCUCAGCAGGCUGAUGAGUAAGCUGAACCCGGAGCCCAACCUCAUCCACAUUAUGGGCUGCUAUGUGUUGGGCAGCGCCAAUGGAGAGAAGCUGAUUCAGACUCUGAAGAGGCUCAUGAGACCCUCCUCAGUGGAAUUCAAGUCCCCACUAGAACUGUCUGCACAGGGUAAAGAGAUGAUCGAGAUGUACUUUGACUUCCGCCUCUUCCGCCUGUGGAAAAGCCGUCAGCACUCCAAGCUGCUGGACUACGAUGACCUCUUGUGACACGGUCACACUCUGCUGGUUUAUAAUCUGGUUCCCUCAUAGUGGGCGGCUCCUGGA